GUGCAGGAGGGUUAGGAGACCCGGCUCUGUGCGGAGCGCGUAAGGCCGCAGAGGUCGAGCAGGAUCUGGGCGAAACCGAAGCCCCGACUUGCAGGGCUGAGCGCGGGGCACGCGGGAGGCGGCGGCGGCGGCGGCAGAGGAGCCCACUGGAGCCGCCGGUGCUGGCUGGGCAGCGGCCGGCGGCGUGUCGAGGGAGCCCCGUCUCUUCCCGGGCCGACCCCGGCUGCCCGCCAGGCUGCUUCCUUCCUUCUUGGCAUGAGACUCAGCCAGCCCCACGGAAAGGGCGGCGGCUGGCCGGACAAGAUCAUUACCCGCCGCCACCUCCCGCUGGCUGGCAGGGUCGAAGGGGGCGCUCCCGGCAACAAGCUGCUCCCGCGGCCUCUCCUUGGCAAGGGGGACCAGUCCAGCAGGCCUACCUAGUAGGGCUGUGGUAAGAAGCGGCCACAAGGGGAGGCCCCCGUAGCUUCCGGAUCACUCCAGAGCGCUAAUGGGUGCGUUCCCCUCUGGCCGUCUGCACAUGCUCUAGGGCACAUUCUGCUGCUCGUCGGCCUGCUCCAGUCCUGGGCUGAGUCUGCCCGGGGAGCAGGAAUGCAAUCGAAGAGCCCCGACUCGGCCGCAGCCGCCGCCGCCGCCGGGGAGAGGUCCGACUAGUCGCCCGACUCCUUUGUCUAGGCCCAGAGGGAGGCUCGGCUCCCCACCCCGGACGGAGUCCCGACUCCCGCCAGAGCUGCAAUCCGUGCGGUGCCUGUCGGGAACUGUAGUCUGGCGCGAAGGAAGGGACUUGGGACGGAGCCGGACCAGCCCGAGGGACGCUGGGAGUUGUAGUCCCAGCCGGGAAGGAGGGACCGCCGGCUGCGGCUGGAGUCCCGGAGGUGUUUGCGGGGCGGCGGCGGCGGCGGCGGCCGGAGCAGCGAUGCAGAAAUACGAGAAGCUGGAGAAGAUCGGCGAAGGGACCUACGGGACGGUCUUCAAGGCCAAGAACCGGGAGACGCACGAGAUUGUGGCGCUGAAGCGGGUGCGGCUGGACGACGAUGACGAGGGCGUUCCCAGCUCAGCCCUGCGGGAAAUCUGCCUCCUGAAGGAGCUGAAGCACAAGAACAUUGUGAGGUUGCACGACGUCCUGCACAGUGACAAGAAGCUCACUCUGGUCUUUGAGUUUUGUGACCAGGACCUGAAGAAAUACUUUGACAGCUGCAAUGGGGAUCUGGACCCCGAGAUCGUGAAGUCCUUCAUGUAUCAGCUGCUGAAGGGCCUGGGCUUCUGCCACAGCCGGAACGUCCUGCACCGGGAUCUCAAGCCCCAGAACCUGCUGAUCAACCGGAACGGGGAGCUGAAGUUGGCCGACUUUGGGCUGGCCCGGGCCUUUGGGAUCCCCGUGCGCUGCUAUUCUGCAGAGGUGGUGACGCUUUGGUACCGCCCUCCGGACGUGCUGUUUGGGGCCAAGCUCUACUCCACCUCCAUCGACAUGUGGUCAGCCGGCUGCAUCUUUGCAGAACUGGCCAAUGCUGGGAGGCCCCUCUUCCCAGGCAACGACGUGGACGACCAGCUGAAGAGGAUCUUCCGGCUGCUGGGGACUCCGACGGAGGAGCAGUGGCCAGGGAUGACCAAACUCCCGGAUUACAAGCCCUACCCCAUGUACCCAGCCACCACCUCGCUGGUCAACGUCGUGCCCAAGCUCAACACCACGGGCAGAGACCUGCUCCAGAACUUGCUGAAGUGCAACCCGGUCCACCGGAUCUCGGCAGAAGACGCACUGCAGCACCCCUACUUCACAGACUUCUGCCCGCCCUAGGCCUCCGCCUGGUGUGGGGCAGGCCGAGGGUGCAUGCGUGCGUGUGCCCCCCCACCCCCGAGGCACCUUCGCAGCUUCUGACUCGCUUGCACAGGAGUCUGAGGGGACCAGCCAGGUGGAAAUCCUCGUGGGACCAGCUGCAGUGCGUGUGCGUGCGUGUGCAUGUUGGGGGAUCAGGGGACCCCCCCCUGCAGCCCUUCAACUGACCACCUCUCGCCCCCUCCCCCUCCCCCUCCCAUGCUGAGAGCUAGCUGGGCCUCACUUGGGGGGGGGGGCUGGGUUGGCAGCAGAUGGAGGUGAAGAAACAUGACUUGUACUGGAUGUGAAUAUUGGUGAAUUCUGUAAAGUGCUGCUUCUCUCCUC